AAAGCGCCCCCACUCCUGGCUGACGUUUUGCAAAACAACCGAAGCUGUCAGGCGGGGGCCAGCUUUUCCAACAACUAUCGUUCCUCCCCCACCCUGCGCCGAAGGGUAGUUGCGCGAGAGGGUGGCAAAUUAAGGGUGGAAAGCCCCCGCGAAAUGUCAUCGAGUGCAGAAAAAAGGAUAAUGCGAGGGCUGCAAACAGAACACUGAAUCGCACUGGAAAGGAUACGGCGCGCGUCUGUGUGUGUGUGAGUGUGUGUGCUUGGCUCGUACCUGGAGGAAAAAGGAUCUCGCUAGCAAAAGGAGGCCACGCCAUCUCCGAGCUCUGAUUAUGAAACUAGGUCCCUGUCCUGGGGACGUGCGAGCAGCGUAAACACAGUGGAGCACAGUGGCGCUGACGCGUGAUUGGGGGAACGCAACGGGCAAGCUCUGGCUCUCAUCGAUUGGUGGCAACGACGUCGACGGUGGUGGCGCUGGUGGCUCGCACUGCCACGGAUCGGUCUGAUGGGCAUGAACAAGGCGCUGCUGGUGUUUAUCGUGGCCAGCGGCUUUCUGCUGUUCAUCUACGCGAACAGUAGCGUCUUCAAUCGGCACCUGGUGCAGAAGGAUGUGCCGGAGCGGUUGGCGGCGGCGGCCGCCCUAGUGCACCGGAACCAGCACCCGCACCAUCAUCAGCACCAUGAGGGCAAGCACCGGAACGGCACGGCGGCAGUCGGGGAGGAUGGUACCGGUGACGCAUCGCAGUCGGCGGCGGCGGCAGCCAGCAAGCUGAAGCGCGUCAAGUACGUCUCGAAGGGCACGAACGAUACCGAGUAUAACAUCUUCCUGAUCUACACGAAGGAAAGCCAAAACAUGAUCCUGCACAGCCAGCUGGAGCUGUUCCUGCGCAGCCUGCUCAAGUACAGCACGAUCGAGCUGCACCUGCACGUGAUCACGGACGAGCAGAGCGAGCGGUCGGCGGAGGAGCUGAUCAAGCAGCAGAUCGAACGAUUUCACCGCACCGCAUUCUACACGCUGUACGACGUGCGGGACUGUGCGGAGAAAAUCAGCGACAUCGUGCAUGGCAUGAUGCCACUGUUCAACUACCGGUCCGGCAGCUACUACAGCGAUGCCUUAUUUCUGCUGUCGCUUGGGCUGCACCGGAUCGUCGAUCGGAACAUGCGCCGGGCGAUCCUGAUCGACUGUGACGUCGUGUUCCGGGCGUCUGUCAAGGAGCUGUUCGAUCAGUUCGACCAGUUCGCACCGGACCAGCUGUUUGGGUUGGCGCCCGAGCUGACGCCCGUCUAUCGGCACGUGCUGUCCCGGUACCGGAUGAACAAUCCGCAAACCAGCUUCGGCAGCCCGUACUACCUGGACAAGGUGCCAGCGGCAACGGACAUACAACCGUUGGGGAAAGAUGUGCCGCGAGGCAAGAAAGCGCCCGCAUCCGAACCCCGACACCAUGGCUAUCCGGGGCUGAAUUCGGGCGUCGUUAUGCUGCACCUGGAUCGAAUUCGACGGUCGCGAAUUUACGAGGAAAUCAUCAAGGAGUCCACCGUGAAAAACAUGGCAGAGAAGUACUCCUUCCAGGGCCAUCUGGGCGAUCAGGACUUUUACACACUGAUGGGGUUCGAGUUUCCCGGGCUAAUCUAUCGGCUGGAUUGCGUCUGGAACCGGCAGCUCUGCACGUGGUGGCGGGAGCAUGGAUACAGCGACAUCUUCGACAGUUACUUCCACUGCGAAGGGACGGUGAAGAUCUACCAUGGCAACUGCAACACGCGGGCCCCGGAGUAGGCUGCGCCGAAUCACUCUCAAUCUCUCUAUCUCUCUCUAUCUCUAUUCGAGUCCUCCGAUUGUAUGUGUUCGUACAUUCCAGUACCCAGUGUCCAUCGGUUUAGUUUGUUUUUAAACAUUCCAUACUAGCGUUUGUUUCCUUGGCCAUAUUUAGCGUGUAAGGUGUAGUGUAGAAUGAGUUAUACCGAUCUCAGUGCGGAACCACGUGUCUGUUUCAUUCACGCCUCCAGGGUACGACACAUACGGACGUACCUUGCGGUGGCCGUUGGCGGAUGAAGUGCAUUUUUCUGUUGUUCUGUCCUAAACUAGUACCUUUGUUUUAACGAGCUCUUCCAUAACGCGUCUCGACCGGUCGUUCAACGAUAUGGGUAUGUCCGGCCAAUUGUCCAGUUGGAAGAUGAGUUUUUAAGAAAAACUACACCUGUCCUAACUUUCUCCCCCCGUCCCGUGCAAUAAUUACUGUGUUGUGUGACAUUGUGUUUUAAGAAAAGUUAUGCUAGUUUCUAGUUACAAAGAGCGAUUUUUUAAUUUGUUGCAAACUUCCUUACUAUUAGCUUGUAAUAUUAGUGCGCGGCUAGUAUACAUUUAUAGCAAGUAGCAACGGUGCGUGCGUGGAGCGCCUGCGAGGGAAUUGAGCGUCUUGGUUUUAACUAUUCAAAACCUUGCAUUUUGAGAGGGGUGAACGAAAAAAAUAAGAAAUCAAAUUAGGUUAGGGUCGUACGAAAAGGAUUUGAAGAACCACUGCAACUAAACAAACGAAAAAACAACCCACGUUACUAACGAAAAACCGAAAUCUCUACGUACCGUUUACUUAUUAUCACGAAACACGAUAGUAGCAAUCGAACAAAAAAUCGCGAAUAUAGGAGCAAAUGGGGGCCAACAGUGUCCAUACAAGAUCCACUUUACAUCCAGCCUACUCCGCUGCUGGACGAUACAAUCGUCUUUGCGCGCGUGCAACCAAUAGUACACACACACAGACACAUGUGAAUUGAUCAUGUUGUUUGAUGGAGAGGAGUGAAAGGCGUAAAAUAAUAAAAACAAACAGUUUUCCCUUUUUGA